GGCCUCGCCGUCGGCUUGAGUCUUGUUGCCGUGCUGGCGGUGGCCGGGAUUGCCGCAGUCCUGAUCGUGUUGCGUCGCCGACAUCUGCGGGCCAACGGCGCAAAGAGUCAAGCCUGUGAGAACGGCGUCCGUCCACAAACUGGCCAGCAUCUCUCGCAGCGCCAGCAACGUCGAGACGGAUCGAGGAUGACGGAGUGCGUGGCUCUGAAACACAGCCUCCUGGACGAAGCCGUCCUCUCCAUGAGCCCUGUAGUUCAGUCUCCGUCGUCUUGGUCGACUUCUUCGAGUGGCAGCGAGGCCAAUGGUCACACAAACGGGCUUCACUUGACAUCGCCGGACGACGAGGCAGCGCACGACGUCCGGCUCCAGCGGCGUCCGAGUCCGGCUGGUCGACUCGCCGUCGGCGUCUCUUCGCCAUCCGGUAUCGCCGGAUCUCGAAGCUGUCGCGGCUGGCUCGAGUUCGCCGCCGCCUACGACCACACUCGUCAGGAGCUCGGCGUCCGCGUCCUCCGUUGCCUCGACCUCCUGUCCGACACGACGACGACAGCAACGGCGACGUCGACCUCAGCUGAGUUUGCCUCGGCCGGACUCGAACAAGGCGGCAGUGAGGCGGUGGAGGCGAGUCUUGUCGACCCCUACGUCAAAGUACAAUUGCUGCCCGAGAAACGGCAUCGGGCGCGCACUCGAGUUCUUCGUGCCACCAACUGUCCCGAGUUCGAGGAGCGCUUCGUCUUCUCAGGCCUCACGGUCAAUCAGGUGAAGGCGAGCAGCCUGCACUUCGUCGUGCUCUGCUACGAUCGUUUUUCACGAGACCAGAUCAUCGGCGAAGUCGUCUGCUCUCUGGUCGACCUGGGCCUCAACAUGUCCCAAGAAGUGGCCGUCACCAAAGAGAUUCUUUCUAGACAAUUUAAGGUGAGACGAAGCCUAUUUUUGCUCCAUCUCCCGGUCUCCUUUCGAGCCCCUUUUUCUCCGCCACAAAACCUCACAGGCUUUAAGGACCGAUAUUUCAGUUUUACCAACUUCCCAAGAGCAGGCCUCCGGAUGCCUCACCGUCUCAUCCCCGACCCCAACAUAAUUUGA